UAUCUCCAUGAAAUGGUAUAAGACAGAAGGGGAAUGUGUUAUUGCAGUUAAAAGACAAUAUGCUAAACAGACGGCUGAAUAACCACAAGUAGAAGCAGCAGGGCAAAGAAUAUCCAAACAAGCAAUUGUGUUUUGAGAGCCGGAGCAUUACAGGAAGGAUUAACCCUAUACUGUCUGCUCUGUCUGUGCUUCUUGGAUGGGCUGUUCUUAAUUUAAAAAAAGGUGGAGGAGGAGGUGGAGACAAGUGGGAGGUGAUCAACAAUAUUUAUUAAUAAUAGAAACCACUGAAAAUAAAUCACUUUCUAUCUGACUGACUCACAAGUGGUUUCCAGACAAGACUGGCCAACAGAAGCUUCUAAAGGAGGAGUCUGACUUUUACAGAUGCUCCACUGACAUCACUAGGUAUCAUUCAGAAAGCAAUCCGAGGGAUUGGAGAGUCAUAUGCUUUAAACAUGCUCCAACCAGCCAUUCUCAGCUUCUACCAGCGCAGAAGAACCUGGGCAGAUGUGACAAGUUGCUGCAAUUGCUGCGGAGCAUCACAGGACAGAGGAAACUCUUGAAGGAACAUUACUGAAGUGCCUCAAUGGUCUCCAUCCUAAGUCCAGAAAAUCAACACAUCACUUUGAGAUAAAAGAAUGUCUUUCCAUGAAGAACCUCAAGGCAGGUUACCCCUGACCACAGACACAUCCUGGAAGACCAACCUCACCAGCCCAAUUAAUACUACAUGGGAUGUGCCGCAUUCCCCAGACUCCGUGGAGGACAUGAUAGCCACAUUUACCAUAGGGGUGAUUUUAUCCCUUAUGUGUGUAAUAGGAGUAGCAGGGAAUGUCUAUACCUUGGUGGUGAUGUGCCAGUCCAUGCGCUCUGCAGCUUCAAUGUACAUCUACAUAAUCAACUUGGCCCUGGCUGAUCUCCUCUAUCUGCUCACCAUCCCAUUUAUAGUGGGCACUUACUUUAUUCAGGAGUGGUACUUUGGAGACAUUGGCUGCCGCAUUCUUUUCAGUCUGGACUUCCUGACAAUGCAUGCCAGUAUCUUCACCCUCACUAUCAUGAGUACAGAGCGCUACUUUGCUGUACUGAAGCCCUUAGACACAGUGAAGAGAUCUAAAAGCUACAGAAAGUGCAUUGCUAUUAUUGUCUGGUUGGUGUCACUGCUUAUAACAUUGCCUAUGCUGAUCAUGAUAAAACUGGUGCACAAGGAUAACAAGAGCAUCUGUCUGCCCAUGUGGAGUAGGAUGUCCUACAAGAUUUAUUUAACAGUGCUUUUCUGCACAAGCAUAGUAGGCCCAGGGCUCAUUAUAGGCUACCUGUAUAUCAGACUGGCUAGGACUUAUUGGGUAUCUCAAACUGCCACUUUCAAGCAGACUAAGAGGUUGCCUAAUCAAAAGGUACUAUAUCUAAUUUUCACAAUUGUCCUUGUGUUUUGGGCCUGCUUCCUCCCCUUCUGGAUUUGGCAGCUCCUCGUCCAGUACUAUGAAUCCAUGCCUGUUUCCCCCAAAGCCAACAGAAAUAUUAACUACCUUACCACAUGCCUGACCUACAGCAACAGUUGCAUCAAUCCAUUCCUGUACACUCUGCUCACUAAGAACUACAAAGAGUACCUGAGGAAUAGGCAGAGGUCCUGGAGCAAUAGCGGCUACUUCAGAAAUCGUUUCCAAAGGAUAUCUGGAAGGUCCAUGUCUACCAGUAGCCAGCAGUGCACUGAGAGUUUUGUUCUGACGCAGUGUCCUGGAGGCAACAACAGCUCUUGAAGACCUCAGAGGAAGACUUCUGAGGGACCAGUGAGAACCUAUUUUUGCUACAUGUAAGGAACUAUGUGAAACAAAAGAGCUGAAAACAAUACAUAGCAGGACUUAUAUGUGGGACACUAUAGUGAUCUUGUCAUAUAGAAACAACCACAAUGUUGGGUCACAAUUACCUACUACUUUAAUAUGUAUAUGGAUAUGGUGGCCCCUGCUCACUGCUGACAUGACACUAUGACCUAGAUGAUGAAGUCCUGCACUAUAAAUGCUGUUUUGGUGUUUUCCCAUCUCAGUCAUUUGUCCUCCACAUGUUUGUACUGCAUCCACAUGUCAAUGUUUCUGGUUAAAGUGAUGCUGAUGCGGAACAUUUACCAGCUUCAUUUCAUACGCGCAAAUGGAAAUUGUCUCCGUUUCCAAAUUCUAGUUUUAGAUGUAUACAGGUUGAGUAUCCCAUAUCCAAAUAUUCCGAAAUACGGAAUAUUCCGAAAUACGGACUUUUUUGAGUGAGAGUGAGAUAAUUAAACCUUUGUUUUUUGAUGGCUCAAUGUACACAAACUUUGUUUAAUACACAAAGUUAUUAAAAAUAUUGUAUUAAAUGACCUGCAGGCUGUGUGUAUAAGGUGUAUAUGAAACAUAAAUGAAUUGUGUGAAUGUAGACACACUUUGUUUAAUGCACAAAGUUAUAAAAAAUAUUGGCUAAAAUUACCUUCAGGCUGUGUGUAUAAGGUGUAUAUGAAACAUAAAUGCAUUCUGUGCUUAGAUUUAAGUCCCAUCGCCAUGAUAUCUCAUUAUGGUAUGCAAUUAUUCCAAAAUACAGAAAAAUCCCAUAUCCAAAAUACCUCUGGUCCCAAGCAUUUUGGAUAAGGGAUACUCAACCUGUAUUUUGAUCAGCUCCUUUCUCGUUGCUUUCACUGUGAAUGCUUAUAGAACAUUGUUCAGUUUAACCCCUGCAGACAAAGCUAAGAGCAGCCUUAAUGGUGGUACAAAAACAGUAACGUGUCAGCAUAGGAAAAGCAAAGCCCAUUUCUUGCUGUACUAGAUUGCCUAUGAUGUGUCCUGGAAGAGAUAUACGUAAGCAAUGGUUACAAACAAUUAAGCCCAUUAAAAAAAAAAUUGUUAUAAAAGUGUU